CGUCUAUACUCUCUUGAUACUGUUGUCAGUACAAGUUCGUGUUCGUGUGUUUGUACUAGGUAGAAGUUAAAUGUAGUUUGUAUGGUGUCGCACUCUUAGUUAAUUGCUUGCAAGAUAGUGUGUGAAUAGUAUCGUAUUUUAAAAUGUUCGAAGGGAGUGUCAUAGAAGAAAAAAGGGACUAUGUUACUCUGUCACUUCCUGCUCUGCAACAGACUGCUGCCAGACCGACCCGAUCUUGGAAGAGAAUAUGUAGGCGUUGGAAACAGCUGCACCGGUUGCAGCGAGUGGUUCUUUGGAUGCUGGGUUUUGCUCUUGUGAUUGCUCUCAUCUAUGCUGUUGCUAGUCGGACUGAAUCCCACACCGAAGCAUCUCACAGUGUAGAAUCUCAUGCUGCAACUUCAUUGGAAAGCAAUGUAACUCCACCACCUCUUCCGCCAAACCUGGUAAUUGAUCCUGAAGGAGAAGAUAAUGCACAAAACCCUGAGGAAGAAGAGAAAAAAGGGGCCGAUCAGAUUAUACCUCCUCCUGAGCUACCAGUUAAAAAAAAUGCCAGACAAGAAGCUGUAAUAUCUGCUAUGAAGCAUGCCUGGAGGGGUUACAAAGCCUUUGCAUGGGGCCAUGAUCACCUCAAGCCUAUUUCAAGAUCUCUAGAGGACUGGCUGCACCUGGGUCUGACUCUCGUUGAUGCCCUUGAUACUCUUUGGAUUAUGGACCUCAAAGAAGAAUUUGCAGAGGCUCAAGAAUGGGUGGCUACACAGCUCAACUUCAACAUUAAUCAAGAUGUUAACCUUUUUGAGACAACAAUCAGAGUUCUAGGUGGACUUUUAUCAUCAUAUCACUUGACUAAGGAGCAGGUUUUCCUUGAUAAGGCGAUUGAUUUAGCAGAUCGUCUCAUAGCAGCUUUUAAUAGUGGUUCUGGUGUGCCAUUUGCUGAUGUAAAUCUCUAUUCCCGAAGAGCCUCCAAACCUAAAUGGGGGCCAGAUUCUUCAACUUCGGAGGUUACCACCAUUCAACUGGAAUUUAGAGAUUUGUCUCGCAUUACUGGAAACCCAAUCUACGAGAAUAAAGCUGGCUUUGUCACUGACCACAUUCAUAAAUUACCUAAAACUGAUGGUUUGGUACCCAUCUUCAUUAAUGCCCAGACUGGUCAGUGGCGAUCUCAUUCGACAAUCACCUUGGGAGCACGUGGGGACUCAUACUAUGAAUAUUUAAUCAAGCAAUGGAUACAGACUGGUCGUACCAAAGAUUUUUUGAGAGAUGAUUACAAUGAAAGUAUAUCUGGGAUGGAACAUCAUUUAGCUGCACGGACUGAACCUAAUAAUCUUCUCUUCUUUGGAGAGCUACAUGGUAGCACAAAGAAUUUUGUUAAUAAAAUGGAUGAACUUACGUGUUUUCUCCCGGGUUCCCUCAUAUUAGGUGUGCAUUAUGGAAUGCCAAAACACCACAAAAGAAUAGCUGAAGAAUUAAUGUAUACUUGUACACAGACAUGGUUACGGCAGCCAACUAAUCUUGCGCCGGAAAUAACGUAUUAUAAUACUCAGCCUACAAGCAUGAAUGAAGACUUUUUUGUGAAGAGUAAUGAUGCCCACUAUCUCCUCCGACCAGAAACCAUAGAAUCAUUAUGGUAUAUGUAUCAUCUGACAGGAAAUAAAACAUAUCAAGAUUGGGGAUGGCAGAUGUUUCAGGGAAUUGAAACACACUGCAAAGUUGAAUGGGGUUAUACGUCAAUAGGAAAUGUCAAAAGUUCAGUAAGUACAAAACCCAAGGAUAAGAUGGAGUCAUUCUUCCUUGGUGAAACUCUCAAAUAUCUGUAUCUUCUUUUUAUGGACGACCAAAGUAUAUACAGUGUAGAUAAAUGGGUUUUCAAUACUGAAGGACACCCACUCCCAAUAUAUACUCACUAGUCAUAUAGUGUAUGGAAUGUAAUUAGCAAGAUUUUUAUUGUUAUUUAAAAAAAACUCAUAGUGAGCCACUAUCAGUGUAUGAUUUUUAGAAUGAAUGAAUGUUAUUUCUCUCCCUCUCAAGUGUUUUAAGAGGUUUAGAAUGUUUUAAUAAAGUUGUUACUUACUUUAAAUAUUUAGCCUCUUGUCUUUUGCCCUUCCAUAUAUAUAAAUAUAUAUUUGUAAUAUAUGCAUAUACGGUAUUAUAUAUAUAUAUAUAUAUAUAUCUAUAUAUAUAUAUUAUCUAUAAUAAUAUAAAUAGAAAUAUUUUUGACUUGAGUAUUCCCCUUAUGACUUUACUUAUAACAUUUUAAGUCUAUUUUUUAUAUAUAGUGUAAAAGUUCCUCUUGAGUUAAACUGGUGAUUUAACUAAUAUGCACAAAGGGAAUUGUAAUGUUAUAAAUUUCCUUUGGCUUUUUCUCAUUUUUGAUUUUCCAUGUAUAAUUUUAUUGAUGCUAGACAUCUUGAAAAUACUAAAAUUAAUUAUUGAGGAGCAUUUUUCUUUACAUUAUGAUUUGGUAUAGGAGCAGAGGUUUAUUAAAUUAGUUUAUUUUCUAAUACAUUAGAUUACAGUACAUGUAUUUGUACUUCUGUUUACCACUAGUUUUCAGUUUACUAUGCAUUUUUUGUUAGUGUCAAGGAUGAGAUUAUCAUAAAAAGUUUAUUUGCAAUAAAGAGAUGAUUAUCAUAGCAUUAAAUCAAUAGAAUACAAUACUGUAUAAAUUUUUACUGUAUUUUCAAUAUUGUAUGUUAUAAUUUUUAGCUCCGUCCAUUGCAUAAUUUUUUUUGAACGUUUACUAAUUGUUGGAGACAAUAAUAAGACUUAUAAGUUAACAAGUUUCUUGGGUUGGUUUACAUUAAAUCAAUCAAUUUAGAAAAUGAGUUGAAUGUUGUUUGGGUAUACAGUAUAUGUGGAUCCUAGAUGGGGUGCCUUAUCACAAUUUUUUUUUUCAAUUGAAGAUGCAUGUUUUUGGAAUGUGAAAAAAGCAUGUAGGUCAAGUUUGGUAGGCUAGGUUUUGUUUUUGCCAGAACCUACAUAAUUUCUGAAGUGAAUCCAAAUUUGUUUAUUUGUGAUGGGAAUUGAAAGUGUCAUAUUUUCCAGUAAAUACAAUUACUAAUUAAAUUUGACAAUGUGACAACCUUUUAGAAUCCAGAUCCUUUCUGUACAGCACAAGGUUUUGGAGUUUUUUGUUUAGGAGUCUGUUUAUUUUUAAAAAUAUGAAAUAGUAAAACUUUUGGGGCAUUUGUAUAACAUCUUGGAUCCUAAAGAAUGGAUGUAAAAGUGAUGGAAGGCUAUUUUGAAUGCAUAUGUGUAUUUAUAUAGGAGUGAAUAAAGAUGAAUUGAAAGAA